AUGUCCGCUUCCGCACCGUUUACCACUGCCGUUCAAUGGUUUGCGGCUCAGCUGAACAGCUCUGACAACGCCGAGGUAAAACGCCGCUAUCUACGAUGGCGUGCCGAAGACACGGGCGUGCCCUACAGCGAUGAAGACCCGCUCUUUGUUCAGGCAGUUCUCGCCAGUCGUACGGGCUGGACGUUACCGGAGCUGCUGUGGCGAGCACGUCUCGUUGCUCUGGAUGGGCGCACUCUGUGGGAGUGCUUGGACGCGCGCAUGAUUGCAGGUCGCGUGCGCGAUGUGGUUGAUCCGUGGAACGAGCAGCUCAGCGUGAAGCUGGCUUGGUACUUUAUGGAGGAGCAACAACGUGGCGAGUCUCCGCCCGCGUCGUCCUUGAGCGCGCUUCGCACGGCACUUGAUGAGUACGCGACGGCUACGAUCAAGCCACAGGGCAACCUGUCCGUAACGGAGUCCAGCGCGACGCGCUCCACCCUUAGAGAUGCCGACCACGGCCGAUGCGCCACCCUGACCGAUGCGUGGUCGGACAAGGUUGCCUUUAUCCCGAUGGAGGCAGGUAACGACUACAGCGAGGGGUCUCUGCGCUGCGCCGCACCCGUCCCUAGCCGUGGCACGCUGCUCCAAGUGCCUCGCUCUGAAAUGUUCUUUCUCGAUUCUCUGCUCCAGCACUGCGCCUUGGGCCGCGCCAUCGCUGCCGAGCCGUCUCUGCGCGACCUCCUGGUAAACGAGGAGGCCAUGCUCGUUCUCUGCCUCGUAUACGAGCGUUUUGUUGAGGGCGUGGAGCGCUCACGCUGGAGGCGGCUGCUUUCACAUUGCCCGCGGCGGUACCCCACCAUACCCACCGCUUGGGAGCUGCGCGAUCUGGCAGAGCUCGACGGACUCGACAUGGUCGACGACGUCCUCGCCAAGCGCAGUCAGAUGCAGGCUCUUGUUGAUCAGCUUCAGACCUCCCUCCUGCCACUCUUCCACCGCGCGCUCUCGAAGCUGGACGAUGCGACGGCAGCAGCCCCGUCGCUGACCGACAUGUCGGCGGCCUUCGCCUGGGAGCACCUUGUGUGGGCACAGUCGACCUUCGACUCGCGCGCCUUCAACCUUAACGUGGACGGCGCCGUCGUCAUGGCGCUGGUGCCCUUGGCAGACAUGGUGAAUCACGCCAACCACACUGACGUGCUUGUUCGCAAGGUGGAGCCGAACGGGGGCCCUUUUACUAUGCAGGUAGGCGCUGCGUUGACGGCGGCGGAUGUGGGGCGCGAGCUGUGGAUGAGCUACGGCCCACUGCAGAACUGGGAGCUGCUUCAGCACUACGGGUUUCUGCUGGGGCCCGACAACGUGCACGACAAGCUGCCCUUUCCACUCGCCGUUCCCGCAGGGGCCAAUGAGCCGCAGGACGAGAGCGGCGCCACAGCCACGUCAGCACCACUUUCGCAUGAGGGAAGCGCCGAGAGCAGCUGGGAUGCGCGGCGCCUGGCGUUGAUGCGUCGCUACGCGCUGUGCUUGCCGGGUCGCUGCUGGAUUCGACACGACGGCGUGCCACCCGCAGCCUUGCUGGCGCUCCUCCGCGUACAGCUCGCACAGGCGGACGAGUUUGAUAUCAUGGAAGGUCGCCGCUACGGCCCUUUCGAACCACUGUCACCGGUGACGGAGGCUGCCGUCGUGUCAGUGGUGAAGAACACCGUGCAGUGCGUCAUGGAGUCUUUUCCCACAACGCUUGCGGAGGACGAGGAGACUCUGGCGGAGGUGCAUCGUGACGAAGGAUGCGACCUGGACGCCGAUGACAAACCGACGAAAAACCACAUGCUAUGCGUGCAGCUUCGUGUAGGCCUCAAACGCAUUGCCAGCCGGUGUCUGGAGUGGUGCGCGCGCCAUUCGUAA